GCCCGAGUUGGGAAGGACUUAAAAGUGUUUGGACUUAGCCGUGGCACAACUUGACGACAAAUCGAACGCGGUUUGGUUUAUCGAUUUCAAAAUCUGUAAAAGGAACUACAACGAAUAGAAAUGGAGGUGUUGGGAGAAACACAUUACCUCUAAUGUAAUGUAAUGUUUAGUGAGGAAAGGCUGCGGGCCCAUUAUAGCGGGUUGGGACUUCAACAUCUAACAAUUACAUCCUACUACAGGGAGUUUUACAACCAAUCCCAUGUAGAGGAGGAGGAGAUGGCUCAGAGCUCGUUGUUCGGCUGUUCAACUGCUGGGCAUUCAGGAAUAAACCAAUUGGGCGGUGUUUACGUUAACGGCCGCCCUUUGCCUGAUUCGACCAGGCAAAAGAUCGUCGAACUGGCUCACUCCGGUGCACGACCGUGCGACAUCUCCAGGAUCCUGCAGGUCUCGAACGGAUGCGUUUCCAAGAUCCUCGGGAGGUACUACGAAACUGGCUCAAUAAAACCGAGGGCGAUCGGUGGGUCGAAGCCUCGAGUAGCGACAAACGGAGUUGUUACAAAGAUAGCCGAUUACAAGCGGGAGUGCCCUUCUAUAUUUGCAUGGGAAAUCAGGGACAAACUACUUUCGGAAGGCAUCUGCACUAACGACAACAUCCCGAGCGUUUCUUCAAUAAACCGCGUUCUGAGGAAUCUGGCCGCUCAGAAAGAGCAGCAAGCGAGCGCCCAGGCUCAGAGCGAGGCCGUUUACGACAAACUGAGGAUGUUCAACGGGCAAGCUGCUGCAGCAGGAUGGGCCUGGUAUCCGGGCACUCCGCCAGCCCCCCACCUACCCCUGCCGCACAACGCCGCCCCCCUUCAUUUAACCCACGAAGAAUCGCACAAAACCGGUGAUAUGAGCCAAGAGCCUGGUUCAGACGUCAACUCAGAUCAAAACUCGUCGGCUGACGAAGAUUCCCAGCUGAGACUGAGGUUGAAAAGGAAACUCCAAAGGAAUCGAACUUCCUUUACCAACGAACAAAUCGAAAGCCUGGAAAAAGAAUUCGAGAGAACCCAUUACCCCGAUGUGUUUGCUCGUGAGCGAUUAGCUGAGAAAAUCGGGCUGCCAGAAGCUAGAAUUCAGGUGUGGUUCUCCAAUCGAAGGGCGAAAUGGCGUCGGGAAGAAAAACUGAGAAACCAAAGAAGAGGCAGCGACGGCGUCGGAUCAUCAGCUAGUCCUCCAGCGCCGUCGAGUCGACUCAACAUCAACCCGGGCUUCAACUCUAUGUACUCAUCGAUACCUCAGCCGAUCUCAACUAUGACGGAGUCAUACAGCACGAGUUUGAGCAGCUCAUGCUUGCAGCAAGCUCGGGAGCAUCACGGUGCCUAUCCUUACAUGUUCCACGACCCGCUACAUUCCCUAUCCUCUAGCUACAGCCCGAGAGUCUCUUGCAAUCCGGCAGUAGCUCAUCAGUCGCCCUCGACCGGGCCCUACACUGCUACUCCUGCGCCCACAACUCCCACAACAGGAACUGGAGUGAUAUCAGCCGGUGUGUCCGUCCCUGUUCAGAUCCCGAGCCAAGGACCGGACCCGCACACCCUCGCGACGAAUUAUUGGCCCAGGAUUCAGUGAUCCCAGCUUCUUGGGUUUCAUCACCAUCUUUUAAUGGAAGAAACCCAGCACGAUUAAAUAAAUAUCCACGAAUGAGGACUGAUUUCUCAUCGAUUCAUCUGUAAAUACCUGUUCUAAGAUAAUUCAAUGUGGUUUUAUGUGCCAGUGUGACAAUUUUUAGGUUAGUGCCCGCCGAGCUGAUGUAGAUGCUCUAUGACUAAAAAUAAACUUUUAAGUUCGGAUACAGGGUUUACACAAUCGACCUCCAGCCACACAAUUGUAAAUAUCGAAUAUUUUGU